UAUAAGUGGGGAGGAUAAAGAAAAGCCUUAAAAGACCCAAAACAGACGGUCCAUAUUCUUCGGCCUUACUAAAUCCUCUGAAUUCCCUUCCCAAUUCCCCCUCUCUUCACUCCCAUUUUUGCUAACCAAAAAAAAUUACUAGUACUGUUUAAUUUGUAGAAAUACUUACUUCAGAUCGCAACGAAAAUGGCUACUUUACAGAAAUUCAAGCUUCUCGCAACUCAAUGUGCAGUAGCAGGAAGUCCAACGCGAAGCCCAACAACAAGCCCAGUUAUUCACCUCCGCCGACGGAAGACUCUCCGUAUGCUCCUCAGCCGUAGUAUCGGCGGCGGCGGAAGUGGUCGUAGGCUGCCGCGACGGGAAGUCUGUUCGCCGGAUCGGUUCGUUGGAGAACGCGAUUCGACGGAAAAGGGGAAGGAACUUGUGGUCAGUCAUAAGCUGAAGGACUUGUUUGUUUCGUCGCCUCCGUCGUUUGCUGAAAAUACGAGACAAGGACUCUCGCCGGCAGCCUCUGGUGCCGGCGGCGGAUUUAGUGCGGGAUCAUCUGUUCGGAGAAUAGGUUUACGUUCGCUUCGGCCGUUAUCGGCGACAUUCCGGCAACGGCUACUGAGGAGGGCUUGGCGACCUGUACUUGUGAGCAUACCCGAGUAAAUUACCAAUUUACUAGGUAUAUUGUACCUGAUUAACUAGAGAUAAAAUAAAUACGAGUAGUGCAAUCAUAUAUUAGGAGUUAAAAACUUAUUAAUCCUCUUUGAUUUUGUGUGGCAGAGUAUAUCCUUUUACGUAGCUUAA